AUGGAGACGGUACUGAGACAAAUUCGUGAAGAAACUACGACAUGGGGCAAGGGAGAUGAUGUGAAAUGGAGAGCAAGAUACAAGUCAUUGUAUGACGAUUUCCCGACGGACGUCAAGGUCGUUCGUGAUAUUUCAUACGGACCUCACGAACGGAACAUCUUGGACGUCUACGUGCCAAAGGAAAGCAGCCCACAGAAGCCCGUCGUUGUCUAUGUCCACGGUGGAGGCUUCUUCUCAGGUGAUAAGGCGUGGAGUGACAAGAAUUACGCCAACGUAGGAUGUUACUAUGCCAAACAAGGUAUUGUGACAGUCGUAAUCAGUCACCGGCUGGUGCCACAUGUACAGUAUCCAGGCGGCGGUGAAGAUAUUCGAGCUGCUCGAGAAUGGAUCUUCAACAACAUAGCUUCAGAGGAGUAUGGGAAUGGAUCACCAGAGAAGGUCGUCCUUUUGGGCCACUCCUCAGGAGGUGCACAUAUUGCUACCGAUCUAUAUUCCGCUGGCGAUCCAUCUCUGCCAGCUAAAGAGCCUCUUCAUCCACCUGUCGCGGGCGUCAUAUACAUUAGCGUGCCUUUUUGGUUCGACCCGAAGAAUCCAACAAGAAUGCAGAUGUUGCGAGACUACUUCGGAUCAGACGCGAACGAUGUUUGGCAGCCUAAGACGGCAUUGGGUCUGUUCCGACAACUCCCUAAGAAUUCCCCUGUGCUCGAUUCGACGAAAUUGCCAACGUAUGUGGGAAUCGUUGAAUGGGAAAUCAAGCCAACCGCGGAUGGAAACAUCUGGUUUCUCGAUGCGUACAGGGCGAAGAGCAAGCCUGCUGGCACCCUUCCAACGUUCCAUGUUCUGAAAGGACAUAAUCACAUCAGUAAUAUGUUGUCGAUCGGAACGUCGGAUACGGCGCAGGCUGAACAUUUGUUGGAAUUCAUUCGUGCUUGUGUGGGUUAG